GUGAUCUUCCCUUGCACGAACUCGCUAGAUGGCGCACGGCAAACUCUCGCUGAUGAUUGGACAAAGCGAGUCGCCAUUUCAAAAACAGAAGCGGGUUAUUUGUUAUUCUGUUUCAAGCAAAAGAGGUAGAGAUGGAGGGGAAACUCUCUCUCGUCGCUGCGUUCGAUGAUCUAAUGAGAACUGCAGGAGUAUUAAAUGCUGGAUGUGAAGGAGAGUUCAGAACAUUUGUCCUGCAUGAAGAUACCAAUAGACGCCGAUGGCUAGCAGCAGAGCAGAAAAAUGAAAGCCGCGAAGAUCGAGUGAAGCGUUUAGAGGCAGAAAAAGCAAAGCUUGAGACUCAGGUCAAGCAUGCCAGGAAUCAAGUGCAAUAUGAACUGCAAAGAAAAAAUGAAGCAGAGCAAGGAAAGGCAGCUUUGGAGCGCCAGCUUGAAAUGGUCAGAGAAUUACUGAUGGAUAAAAAUAGCAAAAGCUACCUUGCUGAUGCUGAUCGUGAACGCCUUCAUAACCUUUACAACGGCUGUUCGCGCCCAACUGGUCAUGGUGGUGGUGAUAAGUCACCUGGAAAGUUAAAUACAAUACUGGAAUCCUCGGCCUCCGUGCUGUCAGAUAUUAGCUACGAUAAGACAGAAGAUGAUUUGGAAACAUCACACCUGCGUAGUGGGCGUCGCUGGAAGCGUCCAUCAGCUCCACCAGCAGAUGAUCUUGAUGUACAAAAUGGCAAUACUCCACCCAAAAGGCACAAAGAUGACCUUGAUAAUUCAAUAGUCACCACGACAACCAUUACAGUUGACAACAAGGGCAAGCCAAUAUCUGCAACCACAGAGGUUACAGUGCCCAAACUGAACAAAAGCUUCAGUGAACCAGCCCUUGACAAACAUCUUGAUGACAGCGACGAUGAUGUAUGGGUAGCCCAAGAAGACACAAAUAAUAAUAGGAGGAGGAGAGGAAUCUUAAAAAAAACUCCAGAUGCUCCGGGUUUAAGGAAAGCAAGCUCUGCGGGGCGAGGUUUGAACAGGGUGCACGUGUUUCUGUCAAGGACUGUCAUCAAACCCACAACAUGUGUACCUUGUGGCAAGAACAUCAGGUUUGGUAAGGUGGCCAUGAAAUGUAAAGACUGUCGUGCCUCCUGCCAUCCAGAGUGCAAGGAUAAAUUGCCCCUACCUUGCAUUCCCUCUGCACCUAGCACACCUGGCACAUCAAAGCUGUCAGAGGGUACUGUAGCUGAUUUUUCUCCUGUUCAGAGACCCAUGAUUCCGCGGCUUGUGGUAAAUUGUGCCAAUGAAGUUGAGAGAAGAGGGCUUUCAGAAAUUGGCAUCUACAGAGUGCCUGGGUCAGACAGAGAUUCUAAGGAGUUGAAAGAAAAGUUUAUAAAGGGGAAAAGUCCUAAUCUGUCCAACAUAUCUGAUAUCCAUACUGUUUGUUGCUGCCUGAAAGAUUUUCUACGCAAUUUGAAAGAGCCUAUUGUGACAUAUUCAAGAUGGCCAGAAUUUGUGCGAUCUGCAGAGCAUAACAGUCAGCAGGCCAGCCUAGACAUGAUGUGUGAAGCUGUCAAUAGUCUUCCCACUGCUAACAGGGACACUUUAGCCUUCCUCAUACAACAUCUACAAAAGGUUGCAGCGUCUCCAGCCUGCAAAAUGCCUAUCACUAACCUGGCAAAGGUAUUUGGGCCUACUAUUGUGGGAUACUCUUGUCAAGAGCCACAACCUAUGCAGAUGAUAAAUGAGACUCGAAAACAAGCCAUGGUGGUAGAAAGACUACUGGAGUUGCCAACAGAUUUCUGGAGUAAAAUUCUUGAUGUUGAUGAUAUCAGCCUUUACCCUGCUGACACACCAUACACACCUGGCAGUCCCAUUCCUCCAGUUCUGCACAGCCGAUUGGGUCCUGUUCUAACACCAGGUGCCUACGAAAAACUGCAGAAGAGUCAAAUAGUGACAGAAAAAAAUGCAACCACACCAAGGCUGAUGCCACCGCUGUUUCGCCAUUCUUCCGUUAGUGAAAGCGCAGUGUGAUUCUGCCGGCCUAUCACCAGUGAUCUGCCAUAUGCCAUGUAGGUAUUCACAUAAGACAUUGCCAUCAAAAAGAGGACACUUCUUCUCUCCCUUUCCUAACUGAUGAGUGAGACGUUGAUUCCUGAACUCAAGUGACUAUGGAGGGGACAGCAACACAAGCAGCCCAUUGAAGGCAUUUGUCUGAGUAAACAUUAUCUGUUCGUAAAUGGUGACUGCAUAGAGACAUCUUUGGUAUGUCUAAAGAUGAUAAGUAGAGUAACCUUAUUUGGAACCAAAAGAACCAUGAACUACAAGUUUUGCACCUUGUUUAUAGCAGAUAGAGCAAGCCAUGUUCCUACCAAUAUCAUAUUUCACCAGCGCCCAUGGUUAAGAUUUUUAUUAGCCUAUAGUGUAGUAAUUAGUUUUAUCUCUUUGCCUUGGUCUUUCUUAAAGUUCUUCCCUUCCACCCACAGUCCAAAAUCCUGAAGGGUUGUUAAAUGUGUUUGUGACAACAGAUAUUUGUGUACAUUUCUUUGUCAAACUUGCAUAUAAUGCAAACAUUUUUGUUCCUGUAAUUGCAGUUUACCAUGUUUUUCAUGAAGAUAUGUAUAACAAUUUCCGCAUCAAUGACAUGUAUAAUAUGGUUUUGUGUGCUGUAGUAAGUAAAGAAGGCUGGCCCUUGUGGGUUCUAUUUGCACAGAGAGAGAAAGUGUGCUUGUGCCUGUGUCUUGUGGUAUAACAACUGUCAUAUUUCAUUCCACUUUCUUGUGAGCUUGAUGGAACAUACAACAUAGGAUCACAAAUGUCUGUUAAAUGUCUUUGUGACCAGGUUUUAAAAUGAAAGUUGUUUUAAUUUGCCCAUUGCAAAAUUGUGGCAUAAUAAUGUGUAUAAGAUAUAGAGUGUGGGUAAACUGAAAUUCAUGCUGUUACUCAUAACGGAGUAGUUCUAUUUCAUUUAAAGCACCAUUUUUACAGAGCACGAUUGACUUGUACAGGCAUGCUUUUUAUUUGUAAUAUAUGAAUAUUGUAUAACCACUACAUACUUUGAGACAUUGACUAGCAUUAAGGCAUGUAAUAUUAUGGCAGCCCUUUAGAUCUACAGAUUCUGUUUGCUGAAAUAAGUUGCUGAUGUAGUUGCAAAGAGCUAACACUAUUUUGACAUCAAAAGCAUUGUGUUGGAAGAAAUCCAUUGACUGUAACCUACAUUUAUCAAAGUGCUGACAUUGUGUUAAUUGUUGUAAGAGCAGUCGUUUUUAUAUUUGUUUCUAACCCCUAUCUAUUACAGAUGGAACCAGUUAGUUUUUGUUCUCAAAAAUGAUUUAAUAUGCAGAUACGCACCACAUUAAGCUCAACAGCUAUAGUUUACUAGGCAGAAAUGCUAAAAAAAAAAAAAUUGUCAGCAACUCUACUCAGUUUUUUAGGUUCAAACAAAUGACCACAGUAUUUAUUGUUCUCAUUUUCCUUUCCCUUUUUACAUAAUCAGUAUGUGUAUUAAGUCAACAGUUGCAAAUGUCUUCAAUGAAAAGCUUGGACACAAUGCUUUAAUUUUGUUGUUGUUGUUGUCUGAGUUGUUUACCUCUCACUCAUGUAACACUUAACCCUUUUUUUAAGAUUAUGUAGCAAGUUUGUUUCUGCUCUUGAUGGAAGCCAAACUCAAAAGUGUCUUUUGUUUCUGUGAUUUGGUGUAUGUUUUUAUGAUGAUUAGUUAAAUUUAACAACAAGUUCACUCAAAAGUUAUGUAGCGUUAAAGUGUGGCAUCUUUAAAAUCUGUCUUUGUGCAUCUUGCUGCACCAGACCUGGUAGCACUUUUUGCGGAAUGAACAUUGAAUAGACAAAUCUUGAAGUCAAGCAACGCUCGAAUUUUCGAUAAACCACCAUCACUCUCAUCCUUAAUGCUAUUCUCUAUGUAUUUUAGUAGCAUAUGUCUUUUUUUUUUCAGAAGUUUUUAUUAUGUAAUUUUACCUCAUUUUAAAUAAUUUUGUGUCAGGUGCACAGUUGAGAUAGGCAACACCAGGCAUCUGUUUAAAAAUCCACUGAGCUGUUUUUUAAGUAGCUUUAUUGGGUGAAUUACCUGUAAGAUAUACCAUUCCUUUGUGUUGCUGGAAUGGUUAACUACUGUAAAUAAUAGUGUCAAUAGUUGUCUGUUAAUUUGUGAAAAUUUUGUCUUUUAACUUUUUACUGGCAAAAGGCGAUCCAGUAACAAUGCAGGAACACUGUUUUCGUCAGAGGAAUUUACAGUGAUAGCAAAACUAAAGUAGUUGAGUAAUGGGGUUUCUUUAGUGUAGAUA